AUGUCGGGACCACAAGCCGUCAAUCCCGUAGACGCCUCAAGCAGCGGCUCCAAAGGUUCGUUUACGAAUGCCCGCCUGCGAUUGAAAGGUUCUCUCCGACGACGACUAAGACGGCUACGAGGACGACUGGAGCAGCCCAUUCAAGGACAGAAUCAACCCCCUGUGGAGAACCAACCUCCUGCAGACAACCCGUCAUCCAGAGAAAAUCGACUACGUAGAAGGUUGUUGGGAUCUGUCCUGAGAUCACUGAGACGAUUACGAGUUUCUCGCAAAGAACGGAGUCUCACCCCGCGUCAAGAAAAUCCAGAGCCAGGAGCUACUAUUUCCCCCGAAGCCAAUGAUGGCGCAGAAACGGCCGUCGGCUCCGAUUCUGAUUCCGUCUCAGGAGAAACAGCAGUCGACGACACAGGGGCAACGCCUAGCCCAAGCUCCCCCGGCAUUAUCAGACAAAUCAUACCGUCCAGCGACAGUGUAGAAAGCCGCUAUCAUAUAACCACAACUAAUAGUUCCUCGAGCUUUUCGAGCUUUCUCGUUCCUCUCACUACUUUCCCCAUAUUUUCGAAGCUUCCGAUAGAGCUGCGUCUUAUAAUCUGGGAGCGAGCCAUGUGGGAAGGCCGAAUCAUAUAUCUCAACUCACCAUGGAGAGCCCACGAACAUGACACCGCGGUAUGUUGGGGGGAAAGGUACGUGCACGUGCCUGUGUUUUUCUUUGUCAAUCGCGAAGCCCGAGAAUGCGCGAUGCAGAGAUACGACCAAAUGCAGGUCGAGCUCUCCUUCUACCAGCGAGAUGAGUGGGUGCCGGUGCGAACCAGCGUUAUCAAUGUACAUGUUAUUAUACACGAUAGACUCACCGUCCAUGGCGUCCCUACGUAUAGACCUAUCGAAAUGGGCGUGGAUGGAUUUUUUUUCCAUGGUAUUGGGAAUUGCCAUGAGUGGAAUUGCCCUCAGCCUCAAAAGUGGGCAGCUCGACCCAGCGAUCUUCCGACCGUUCGACAGGAUUGGAUGAAGUCGGACAUGUGGUGGCUCUUUGUGCGUCCUAAAUACACAACAGACAAGUGUCUCAAAGACAAAUACCGAUAUACCUUCCAUCCCGAGGUGGUUACCAGUUGGACCAGACCCAUGGAGGACGGUAGGGGCAAGUUCAUCCAGGUGAUCAGGCGACCACGCGCAUACUAUGUAACGCCACGUGAGGCCCUUGUUCGGUAUCCUCUACCCUAG